AUGACCAACCCGAGCGGCCAAGCUUCCAGCUACAGUGCCAACGUGUCCAGUACCAGUACCACCACCAGUAACGACGGCAGCAGCAGCAGCAGCAGCAGCAGCAAUUCUCUGAGCCUUAACAACAUUAACGGCGAAAUUAAUGUUCUGGGCUAUUUGCUCAGCUUUUAUGGACACAAACGGUUGAGAAAAAAGACAUGGGGCGCAAAAACAGCGCAGGUUGCAUGUUUGGAUUACUUCGUCAAGGCUAUCUUGCGCAUGGCAGGUGGAUCGGAGGACCAGAAGAAGACAGCUGAGGAUAACAUAGUUCUUUGCUUUAGCCUGGGUUCGUUCAACACUCAAACUGGACUAGCACAAAGCACUCAGCGCUUGAAAAAACGACUUGUCAUCAGAGCAAAGAGCUUUGGAUAUGUCAUGCUGGGCGCACACGGGUAUUAUACAAGCGCAAAAUGUCCCCGUCUGGACUGUAACCAGUUCCUGGUCUAG